AUGAGUGCAACUGAACCAUCCAAAGAAAAGGUCGACAAAGUCGCAUCCGAUGAUGAAGAAGAUGAUAUUGAUCAAUUAAUCUUGGAUUUACAAUCCAAUCAAGGUGGUGAUGAAGAAGAAGAUGAAGAGCUUGAUGAAAAUACUUUCAAAGCCGUUCCAGAAGAAUUAUUAAAAACUGACCCAGCUGUUGGUUUAAAUGAUGAAGAAAUCCUUAAAAGAAGAAAGAGAUUUGGUUUAAAUCAAAUGGCUGAAGAAAAAGAAAACUUAUUCUUAAAAUUCAUUAUGUUCUUUGUUGGUCCAAUUCAAUUCGUUAUGGAAGCUGCUGCUAUUUUAGCUGCUGGUUUAGAAGAUUGGGUCGAUUUCGGUGUUAUCUGUGCUUUAUUAUUAUUAAAUGCCUCUGUUGGUUUUAUCCAAGAAUAUCAAGCUGGUUCUAUUGUUGAUGAAUUAAAGAAAACCUUAGCUAACUCUGCUAAUGUUGUCAGAAAUGGUCAAUUAAUUGAAAUUGCUGCUACUGAAAUUGUUCCAGGUGAUGUCUUACAAUUAGAAGAUGGUACUGUUAUCCCAACCGAUGGUAGAAUUAUCUCUGAAGACUGUUUAUUACAAAUUGAUCAAUCUGCUAUUACUGGUGAAUCUUUAGCUGUUGACAAGAGACAUGGUGACUCUUGUUACUCCUCUUCUACUGUUAAGACUGGUGAAGGUUUCAUGGUUGUUACCGCUACUGGUGAUUCUACUUUCGUUGGUAGAGCUGCUUCUUUAGUUAACAAAGCUUCCGGUGGUACUGGUCAUUUCACUGAAGUUUUAAACGGUAUUGGUACUACUUUAUUAGUUUUCGUUAUUCUUACCUUAUUAGUCGUCUGGGUUGCUUGUUUCUAUAGAACUGUUAGAAUUGUUCCAAUUUUAAGAUACACUUUAGCUAUUACCAUUAUUGGUGUUCCAGUUGGUUUACCAGCCGUUGUUACCACUACUAUGGCUGUCGGUGCUGCUUACUUAGCUAAAAAACAAGCUAUUGUCCAAAAAUUAUCUGCCAUUGAAUCCUUAGCCGGUGUUGAAAUCUUAUGUUCCGAUAAAACCGGUACUUUAACCAAGAACAAGUUAUCUUUACAUGAACCAUACACUGUUGAAGGUGUUGAAGCUGAUGAUUUAAUGUUAACUGCUUGUUUAGCUGCUUCCAGAAAGAAGAAAGGUUUAGAUGCUAUUGAUAAAGCUUUCUUAAAAUCUUUAAUCUCAUACCCAAGAGCUAAAGCCGCUUUAACCAAAUAUAAAGUUAUUGAAUUCCAACCUUUCGAUCCUGUUUCAAAGAAAGUUACCGCUGUUGUUGAAUCUCCAGAAGGUGAAAGAAUUGUUUGUGUUAAGGGUGCCCCAUUAUUCGUCUUAAAGACUGUUGAAGAUGAUCACCCAAUUCCAGAAGAUGUCCAUGAAAACUAUCAAAACACUGUCGCUGAAUUUGCUUCUAGAGGUUUCAGAUCUUUAGGUGUUGCUAGAAAGAGAGGUGAAGGUCACUGGGAAAUUUUAGGUAUUAUGCCAUGUAUGGAUCCUCCAAGAGAUGAUACUGCUGCCACUGUCAAUGAAGCUAGAUCUUUAGGUUUAAGAGUUAAGAUGUUAACUGGUGAUGCUGUUGGUAUUGCUAAGGAAACUUGUCGUCAAUUAGGUUUAGGUACUAACAUUUAUGAUGCUGAUAGAUUAGGUUUAUCCGGUGGUGGUGACAUGGCUGGUUCUGAAAUUGCCGAUUUCGUUGAAAAUGCUGAUGGUUUCGCUGAAGUUUUCCCACAACAUAAAUAUAAUGCUGUUGAAAUCUUACAAUCUAGAGGUUACUUAGUUGCUAUGACUGGUGAUGGUGUUAACGAUGCCCCAUCAUUAAAGAAAGCUGAUACUGGUAUUGCCGUCGAAGGUGCCACUGAUGCUGCUAGAUCUGCCGCUGAUAUUGUUUUCUUAGCUCCAGGUUUAUCUGCUAUUAUUGAUGCUUUAAAGACUUCCAGACAAAUUUUCCACAGAAUGUACUCUUAUGUUGUUUACCGUAUUGCUUUAUCUUUACAUUUAGAAUUAUUCUUAGGUUUAUGGAUUGCUAUCUUAAAUCAAUCUUUAAACAUUGAUUUAGUUGUCUUCAUUGCUAUUUUCGCUGAUGUUGCUACUUUAGCCAUUGCUUAUGAUAAUGCUCCAUAUGAUCCAAAACCAGUUAAAUGGAACACUCCAAGAUUAUGGGGUAUGUCUAUUGUUUUAGGUAUAAUUUUAGCUAUUGGUACUUGGAUUACUUUAACCACUAUGUUCAUGAGAAAGGGUGGUAUUGUCCAAAACUUUGGUGGUGUUGAUGGUAUUUUAUUCUUACAAAUUUCUUUAACUGAAAAUUGGUUAAUUUUCGUUACCAGAGCUCAAGGUCCAUUCUGGUCUUCAAUCCCAUCAUGGCAAUUAGCUGGUGCCGUCUUUAUUGUUGAUAUCAUUGCUACUUGUUUUACUUUAUUCGGUUGGUGGUCUCAAAACUGGACUGAUAUUGUUACUGUUGUCAGAACCUGGAUUUUCUCCUUCGGUGUUUUCUGUAUCUUAGGUGGUGCUUACUACUUAAUGUCCAACUCUGAAGCUUGGGAUGACUUCUGUAACGGUAGACCACAAAAGAAAUCUCACGAUAAGAGAUCAUUCGAAGAUUUCUUAGUCUCCAUGCAAAGAGUUUCUACUCAACAUGAAAAAUCUAACUAG